UCCAGACAUGGCAGCAUUGAGGCAGGAGCAUCGCUAUGGGCUCUCCUGCGGAAAAAAUCACAAAAACGCCCCGACCGGGACGCUUUACCACGUCAAGCUGACGGACACUGCCAUCCGGGCGCUCGAAGCCUACCAGAACCGGAAGGGCUCCUUCUCCAAUCAGCCAGCUAUUUGUUUUAAGGAGAACCAAGGGUACAUCAAGAUCCCUGCCCUAUCCCCUGAUUCCCAGGAAGCUCUACGCGUAUUCUCCUUCUCUUUGUCCAGCGACAGCAAAGACAAGCCCCAGGCGAGCUUAGAUUGCAUCCAACAGUAUGUAUCCAGCGACGGCCGAGAAGAGCUGGAGUGCCAGGGUAGCAUUCAGGACAAGAUCACGGUGUGCGCCACCGACGACUCCUACAAGGUGACGCGGGAGCGCAUGUCACAGGUGGAGAAGGACAUCCUGGGCCGGUCGGCCAUCGAGAUCAAGCCAGGGCCUCCUUAUCAAGGCAAAUGUGUAAAGGUUCAGAAGAAGGCGGGCCAGGCGUCAGGCCCGGACGGCCUCAGCAAGCUCUCCCCCACUUAUAAGAGGAGUUGCCCCGCUGGCAGCGCGGGCGUGACGGUACACAGGCCCCUGCGGGAGCGCCUCAUACAUCUGCUCGCCUUGAAGCCUUACAGGAAGCCGGAGCUGCUGCUGUGGCUGGAGCGGGAGAGGGCCAGCCCCAGGGAGAAGGCCGAGCUGGCCCCCAUUCUGGAGGAGGUCGCCAAGCAGAAUCCCAGGGAUCAGAGUUUCACGCUGAAGGAUGACAUGUACCCGCUUGUUCAGAGGGACUGGCCCGGCUACCAAGACGAAGAGAGGCGGCUUGUUAACAAGCUGCUGACAAGGAAAUUGCAGCCAGCAGUCAGCAGCAGCCAGUCAAAGAGCUUUCAGUCAAAUACUCCGUUCCCGAGAAGCUUAGGAGAAUCUCCUUCUCAUCUCAGUCCUGUCAAGAGUCCAGCCGUGAAACGCCCAGUGCCAUCCGAUUCGCUGGAGAACCAGACUCACAAGAAAUCCAGAGUUCUGCAGCAGAGUUUCCGUCCUCGGCGUCUGUCUGGUGACCCACAGCCCGCUGGGGACCACAGAGGCCCCACCCACUCCAGCAAAAGCCCCCCACCCGCCCAAGCCGAGCCCCGUCCAGAGAGCCUCGGGAUCGAGCUGGGGGGAGAUAGCCCCUCUGCCAGCGCCCAGCAGCACAAGAGGAGGAAGUCCAGGAAACAGAAAGAGAAGGAGCGAGAGAGAGAGGAAUGGAGGAAGGGCAGUGAGGAACACAAGCAGCCUGCACCGGUUGAAGACCAUGAGAGUGUGAACACACCUGCAAGCCCCACUGUGACAGAGGAGCUGCCUGAUUACUUAUUGAAAUACCACACCAUUACUGGCCUAGAACAGCGUCAGAAGUACAAGGAUGACUUCUGCGCAGAGUAUGAUGAGUACAGGAACCUCCACUCCAGGAUCGGAAGCGUGAUCGAGAUGUUCGUUCGUCUAGGUUCGAAAAUAAAAACGCUGUCUCCUGGAACACAGGAGUAUAAGGUUAUGGAGGAGCAAAUACUGGAGAAGUAUCAGAAGUACAGAAAGAAAUGCCCGGGGUAUCGGGAGGAGAAGAAGCGCUGUGAGUAUCUGCAUCAGAAGCUGGCACACAUCAAAGGGCUCAUCUUGGACUACGACCGAGCCCAGAUGCCUCCGUAGCUCCGGUCUCCCCGAAUCACUCUCAGACGCAUCAAAGACCUGCUGUGAGACCACAACCCUCACGGUGCCCCGCCUGUGGCACAAGGACCAAACAUCACCGCAGGGAAGCCGCCUCGCCCUCAUCCUCCGGUGACUCCAUACAUACCUAACUGGCCCUGCUCCAGAGCCGCGCGUCCAGGGAUGCUGAAGCAGCAACUUCCAGAAUCGGUCCGGAUGGAUGUGGACCCACUCUGAAUGGGCUUUAUAUUUCUCUUUUUCAACAUACACAAUGAUGAAAUUAUCAUGUUGGAUUCUACCAUGCAGAAAUUUCAUAAAAUGAAGGUUUCGGUGAAGCCAAAGAGUUACCAGAGCUGAGCGGAGGGAGAAGGCAGAGAGCAUCUACUGUCUGUCUCUAUUCUGGAACAUUCCCAAGGAGUAUAUGUACAAAUAUGAGGAGAGAGUAAGGACAGAUUACUUUACUGUGAUUCUGACUACUAUAGCUGCGGCUGGAAGUCAUUCUUUGAAUUCUUUGAAUAAUCCAAACCAGUGUUUCUCAGUCUGGUCCUUGGGGGCCCACAGUUGGUCCACAUUUUUGCUCCCUGCCUCCCUAUCUGGGAGGGAGCAAAAACGUGGACUGUCUAUGGGUCCCCAAGCACCGGACUGAGAAACACUGAUCCAAACCUUUAAACCAGUGUUGGCCAAUCGUGUUCUGUAAUUAUCACUUGACUGACCAAUCAGAGUCUGUGUUGGGACAGAAACAAAGAUUCAUUGCAGGUAAAGAAGGAGCUGCUGAGUGGAAAGUGGCCUGAUCAAUGAAAUAAUAUUUGGUACCCAAAUAAUGACGUUGGUGUUUGAGAUGCAAGGAAAGGCUCUCCUAGGGUGUGAUUUCCUGAGGAGGAGGGUGCUUACGACCUUCCCCCACACAUCCAGUGGACUGGGUACUAUCCUUUGUGCGGGACGAUGGCCUGGAUCAGAGGAAAUAUAGCUUUAAUUAUAGCUUAGCCAUUGCUUGACAUUAAGCAGAAUGAAUGAUACUACGAAAGCAUCUGCCAUUCUUUGUUGCUGCUGGAUGUCCUGUGUUUAAAUGCUGUCUUUUGUAUCUUAUGCACCAUAGUUGGGCUCCUUCAGGUCCUUGAUCAUGUUCCAAUGCGUACCUGUACGAUCCUUGGCUGUCGCUGAGAAUUAAAGAACAAAUGCUAUACAGGUGUGUAGAAUCCGGUACCCUGGUCCAUUGGGUUCACCUGGUGCUGUUAGUCCAAAGCUAACAGGAGUUCACAUGUAUUGUAAAUGGAGCCCUGAAGCUUUUAGCGGGUUAUGCCCUCGCAGUGUGUAUGUCCCAUGUUACAGUUGGAAUAUAAGGCCAAUGUGAAGUUAAAAAUGUCCCUUAUCGUUCAGAAAGUUUCACAUUAUUAGGCUGCUCUGCUAGCCAGCAUCAAGUAUUGUUGCUAAUAAUUCAUUUUUUUCUACUUUCAGUCUCUGCUCAUUUGAAGAAUUUCAAACUACUGAUUAAUUCACUGCAGUUUUUGUAUGUUUGUCUGUUUUAACUCACGUUUUCCUGUGUAGCUCUGAGGUCAAAUCAUCUGAUUUUAUGUCCCUCCGUCUUUGUAUCGUUCUGUUCUCAUCUCUGUCUCUCCAUCUUCAUCCCUCUGUCUUCCUUGUCCCCCUUCACCUCCAUCCUCCGGUCGCUUUCUCAUGUGCCUCUGCUUGCUACUAUCUGCAUUUUGUUUUCUUGUGGAGGAACGUGGUAUCUCCACAGCGACUGUAACAAUAUACUCCAUACUAAUGUUAGAAGUGUUUUAGGUUGUGGGUUCCAUACUUGGAAUACAUUUCCAAAUAUUCCGUGUAAGUGAAGGUGUGACGCCCCCCCAGUGGCUGACUUGUGCCUAGCGCUUUGUCGGACUGGCACAGAAGACAUGUAGCUCUUCACACUAAUUGGACUCAAGCUCUCUCGAUGGAGAGACAAUAAUGAAAACUGUAAUGAAAUUGCCAAAGUGGAAUAGUAAGUAUUCUCAUAGUGUUGAGUGCUGAGUCUUUCACUGCAUGUGCUACUUUAUAAAAUGGUUGAUAUGCCUUUAAGAGCUGGCGCCACGUAAACACACAUUAUUAUUGUCCUUCAGUGCCAUCUGCUGGACUGCUCUGUAACAGCCUUAAGCUUUACUGUGCUUUUCUUAAAUGCAACUUCCUACUCAAUCAGCAUAAGUAUUUGUUUAAUAUAUUUCUUUUAUUUUUCUUUUAAUUUAUUUUUACAGAGAAGGUCUAAAUGUGUAGCCUUUAUAUACGUGCAACACACCGUAUGGUCUUUGUUACGUAGCCUAAUGAUUUUUACAUGGUAUGUAUUGUUUGAUAUUUAAUAAGUUAUUGUUGUUGUCAUUAUAUAUUUUCGUUUCAAGGAAUCCCUGACUUCAAAUGCAUUUUAUCCUCGCUAAUUCCAUACUCUGUGUUUGUGGUUGCCACGGGAUACCUUCCAUCCCAUAAUCAGCAAGUCUGCCAGAUACUUUCCACUUCUCUGGAAUGUUGUGGAAAGUUGUGAACUGUCCCCCCUGUAAUUGCUUUUUUUUUUACACUGAUCCUGUGGCUUUCAUCUCAUGCAAGGAAGAUGGAGGGAUUAAGGUAAAUGUGGUAUAUUACUGUGUUUUUCUGGGACAGCCUGAAAACAGCCUGUUUAUGGUACUGCAGGGACGUGUAAGUUUUGUUGCAUUUUUUGUAUGUUUUUCUGUGAAUUCCCUAUAAUUUAGGAGUAUAUUUCUAUUUGCGACAGUUCAGUUUUUUGUGUGUGUGUGUUACUUUAGUCAUUAAUUUGAUUGCCCUGAAUUCAUGCGAUAGAUUUUCUCAAAUUGAAAUCAUCAGAAUGAACUAAUGAAGUUAGGGACUGACUUACAUCAGUCAGCACACAGCUGCACCGAGGACUAGAAUCAAUCAAACUCUGAUCCUUGUCAUCUGAACUGAGAUCCGGCCUUCGAUCUGUAAAAGCUCGGUAGUUCUGCUGAUGGAAAUGAGAAUAUCUGUUUUCCAGUAAACAGCUGAAAUGUUUAAUGCUUGUGUAACACUGGAUGGGAAAGUACGGUUAGACUCAUGUGAGGUGAUAUGGUAUUUUAAAGCCACAAAUUUGUAAUCGAGGUUUGCAGGGCUUGUCUCCCGGGACAAUAACCUGACAUUUACAGGGUCCUCAAUGCUGCUGCUAAAAAUGCAUGCUACAGUUUAUGUGAGACAGGUGUUAGGGUCCAGUCGGUGCCUUCUCUGAGAGACUGGGGUUACACUGGGUUAUAGCCAAACAGAAGCAUUGAAUAUACAGAACACAUGCCUAAUGAAAUGUGUUUUCCCUCAAUUGCAUUUUACAAAUGCACAAUUCCUUGUAUGACUUUGUGGCUUUCAGAGUCCUUGUGAUAUUGCUGUAUCACCAGGUGUAUUUGUAAUGUGUUUCUACUUUUCUGAUGCAAAAGUAACUGUUAAUGAGCUGAAAAGCGAUAUGAUUUUCUGGGACGAUUCCCCUUUGCAUCGCUUUGCUGUAUUUAGUUCAUUUGCUUUGUUGUCUUUUCAUAUAUGGGGAGGGGGGAGAAUGCUUUUUGUUGAAUUGUAAGAAAAUAUUUGUUUGGAUUCCUUUUGUUCAUUUGUUGUGAAAUGCUCUCAGUUUCUCACCACAGACAUCCAAUGAUGCAUUUAAUUGCCUGGAGUGAAAUCAUUCUAUAUUUUUGCAUCUAGAUCCCAUUAAAAAGACUUGUACACUUCUUGCCUUUGACAAAACAUAAGAUAUAUUUAAUGUUUCUGAAAAUAAAGGUCUUUUUU